CAUAGUGUGACCAGCCAAGAUAUACCCCUGUUAUAGACUAUUUGGACCGGCCAACGAGUUAGCACGUUCGUUGACACUGCAUAAUGCUGUGGACCAAGUCGUCGAAUACGCCCGGAGACCUCGGCUUAACUUGGCCUUCAUACGGUGAGCUUUUGGCCAACUUGAGCACUCUCGAGCGCGUUGCAGCCCCAGCCAACUUGCAUCAUUCGGACUUUCUUGCACUCUUCUUUACCGCACCGCCUCAUUACCAUGGCACAAGAAUCACAGAAAACAGACGCUGUCGUCGGGCCUUUAGUCCUCAAGCUUCCACAUCCAUACCUUACAGCUUAUGCAGUUACAAAUGUUGCUCCACAAGGCAAGCCUACAAGCAAUCGAAUACUUCCAUCUUCCGCAAGCACCAGCGGCAAAGGGACUCCUCCACCAACGCUACUGCACAACGAAACACUCUCAUUCAGCGGUAUUGCUUUCUUAGCUCAAGAUGCAGAGCCGCCAAAAGGAGACAACAGUUCUUGGGCUCGAGCACGACGAUCACCUUAUCUUACCAUUUCCUGGUCUGGAGAGCGACCUUCCGUCCCGCAGCUAUGGCUCGUCUCCUAUGCGUUGGUUUCGCUGCAUCCUUUAGUCGAGAACUUUCGAGUUCUCUUUUCCGGCAAGGACUCGCAGUCACUAGCCCAGGAACUCCACGCGACUGGCCUGUUUCAUCCUCAUCCCAGAGCCUCCAGCACAUCGGCACCACACGAUGGACACUUGCUUGUAAGAGGUAGCUUCUGGCAGGGUGCUGCGUCACCGUUUGGUCCUCGCCCUGUGUGGGCACCGAGGCUGGAUGCGUCCAACAAGCCAAUCAUCCAACACUACCCUACGUUCCCGUUCCAGAUUGCACCGUCUACCCAGUUCCCGGCCGUACCACGGCACACUAUGCAUCCUGUAAGAGAACCCAAGCCUGAACCUGGAUCAAUCAUCUACAGCCGUUGGAUACCCCAUCUGAAGGAGCAUUUUACAAUGAUCGCUGUGGACUACACCAAUCACGACCACCUUAAACUAUUCCAUCAAUGGCAGAACGACCCACGUGUCGCUGCUGGUUGGAACGAGACUGGAACAUUAGAUCAGCAUCGCGAGUAUUUACGAAAGCUUCAUGAGGACCCUCAUGUGUUGACCAUGUUUGCUGCAUUUGACGAUGUGCUGUUUGCAUACUUUGAAGUUUAUUGGGCAAUGGAGGAUCACAUGGGUGCUCACUACCAGGCAUCACCAUAUGACCGCGGCAGGCACUCACUAGUCGGCGAUGUCAGGUUUAGAGGCCCGUAUCGAGUCUCUGCCUGGUGGUCUGGACUCAUGCACUACAUAUUCUUGGAUGAGCCCCGGACGUGGAAUCUUGUCGGUGAGCCAGCAGCCACAAGUAGUACUGUGUUGGCGUACGACUUCGCCCAUGGUUUCCAUGUCGAAAAGCUAAUGGACCUGCCACAUAAACGAAGUGCGCUUAUGAUGGUGAACAGGGAGAAGUUCUUCACGUUGAGUCCAUUCGUAUGGGAUGGUGAGAAAAAGGUCAGGCCGAGUUUGGAUGCGCUUGCGAAAUUGUAAAUUGGGAUGAGGUUUCCAUUUCACUUCGUUGAGCCUCGAUAUCCACUGUACAUGCGAUGAUCACGUUUUUGCUUCAAGUUUUUGAUUCCAGCCAUGAUUGUUGAACGGCAUCGUAUGCGAAAUGGACUUAAUUCAAUUCAGACCCUAUGUGUUCAACAAAUCUUGCGUGAUCCCGAACUACAAGGUUUUUGUAGAUUUCGAAAAAUACAACUCUUAACGUUGUCGCUCUAAAUCAGCC